AAAUUGGUGUUUCCCAUCUCCUUCUACUCUUCUUCCUGGCAUUUUGAUUUGGCGAUCGAAGAAGUCAACAAAUGAGUUCCGGAACGCCGAAUUUAGACGAUCUUUCGAACGAUUGUCUCGCCCUUAUCAUCUCCUUAACCAGUCCACUCGAUGCCUGUAGAUCGUCGCUAGUUUCCAAAUCGUUCAACUCUGCCGCCGGUUCCGACGUCCUUUGGGAUAAGUUCCUGCCGGCCGACUACCAGAAUUUGGUUCCUGCAUCGCCAUCCUCUUCUUCAUUGAAGUCCCUUUAUCUCAGCCUCUGCGAUCAUCCUGUCCUCAUUGAAGAUGGCAAAAAGAGCUUUUCCCUGGACAAAAGGAAUGGGAAAAAAUGUUACAUGCUAGCUUCCAGGAACCUCGCAAUUGCAUGGGGUGAUACUCCUCAUUAUUGGAGGUGGAUCUCCAUACCCGAUUCAAGAUUUCCUGAGGUUGCGGAGCUUCUUGAUGUCUAUUGGUUCGAAAUCACUGGGAGGAUUGAUAGUUGCAAUCUUUCCCUGAUGACACGUUAUAAUGCUUUCCUAGUGUUCAAACUGGUAGCCAAUGCCGAAGGAUUUGAGAAUAAACCCAUAGAAGCUACUCUUCGACUUGGUGGAACUCAAGUUUCAAAGCGAAUUGUAUAUGUUAUGGAUAGUGGAGAUGUAGUACAAAAUGGUAAUCAGCACCCAAAAGUGAGGGGAGAUGGUUGGUUGGAGGUAGAGUUGGGUGAAUUCUUCAAUGGAGGAGGACUUGAAGAAUUGGAAAUACAUAUUUUCUCGCAUGAUGGUUACUCUGUGGGCGGUCUCUAUGUUCAAGGCAUCGAUAUCAGGCCAUGUUAGUAGGACAAAACAAAGUUUUGUUGUUUUUUUCUUCCAUGUAUUUUAUUUUAUGUAAGAGAAAAUUAGCGAUUGCAAUGCACUGGUUUUAUAAAGAUGUCAGUUCUAUUAGUAAAGUUACUAACUGCGAUGUGAUUUAAUCAUCAGUAUAAAUGAAUUUCAUUUGUAGUU